AUGGGCAUAUACGAGAAGAACCCCAUCUGGGAUGAUGUGAUACCAAUAGCACAGGAUGAUGGAGAGGGUGCUUUAGCACAAAUCGCAUAUACAGAUGAAUACGCCGAGGCAAUGGGAUAUCUCCGUGCCGUAAUGGCAAGCAAAGAAUACUCACCUCGCGUCCUCGAACUCACUGAACACAUCAUAACCCUCAACGCAGCUCAUUAUACCGUCUGGCUAUAUCGCGCCAAUACUCUCUUUGCGCUUUCCUCCUCUGUUCCCGAAGAACUCGCCUUCGUAAAUGAAAUUGCGCUGGAAAAUCAGAAGAAUUAUCAGAUAUGGCAUCAUCGACAACUCCUCAUCGAUUAUCUUUACCCCUCUAUUUCAUCCUCCCCUGAAUCCAUCAAAGCGCUCGCAGAUUCAGAACGAAGUUUCUUAACACAGAUGUUCGAUGAAGAUGCGAAGAAUUAUCAUGUUUGGAGUUAUAGACAAUAUUUAGUUGUGAAAUUGGAUAUGUUUAACGAGGCAGAAUUGAAGAGUAUAGAGGAAUUAAUAAGGAAAGAUGUGCGAAAUAAUAGCGCAUGGUCAUAUCGAUUUUUUCUCGUGUUCUCGGAUCCUAAAUACUCGACGAAAGGAUUGAGGGCAAAUGAGUUUGAUGAGAAGAUUCCGAAGGUGAUAGUAGAUAGGGAAAUUGACUACGCGAAAGCAGCUACAUAUAAGGCACCACAGAAUCAGAGUUCGUGGAAUUAUCUUAAAGGGGUUGUGAGGAAAGGGGGUGUGAAGAUGGAGAGUUUAGAGGAAUUUGCGGAGGAUUUUGUUAAUCUGGGGGAUGAUGUGGAUGGAAAGGGUGAGGAUGUAAGGAGUAGUCAUGCAUUGGACUUUUUGGCAGAUAUUUGGGCUGAGAAGGGUGAAUGGGAGAAGGCUGAUAAAGCGCUUCAGUUACUAGGGGAUAAGUAUGAUACGAUUCGAAAAAAUUAUUGGGAUUGGAGGAGGGUUUUAUUGAAGGAGUUGAAGGGUUAG